UACAGCCUGGCCUUUAGACUGUGUAGGCCCUUCGAUACGGUCACUUUAACCUUCUAGUUUAGCCUACCCAAGAUAGAGCCCCAGACCAAGAAACCAUCGAAAUAACUCACCAUCCAAAAACAACAACCAACUCAACCCUCAAAAAGAAACAAAUACCAUCCUAAUUCCAACAAUCCAAGAAAACACCCAAAAUGGCCGACAGUAUCGACAUAUACAACCAAUAUCCCUUAGUCCUAGACCCAACCUCCAAAGCCAUCAACCUCUCCUCGCAAAACACAACCCCAGCCUCAGCAAACACAGUAACCACCGAACUAACCGAACUAAAUGCCCUCCACCGCGGCCUGAUCUCCCUCGACCCGCCCAGCAUCCCCCCACCCCCACUCCCUAUCAACCCCAAGCGCAGCGCCCAAAUCACCAAGCUCCGCGAUAGCGCAAAUACCGCCUACCGCAAGAACAACUACGCCGAGGCGGUGCGGCUAUACACGUUUGCCAUCGAGAUGGGGAUCGCACGGCCCGGAUGGGAGCCUAUGAGUCUUGCGAGAGAGGAACUGGCGGGGUUGUUUGCGAACCGCGCGCAGGCGUAUAUGGCGCAGCAGGCAUGGGCGGAGGGUCUGGUUGAUGCGAAAUGUAGUGUUGAGAGUAAGCCAGUCGGGAAUGUGAAGGCUUGGUGGAGGGCUGGGAAGUGUUUGGCUGAGAUGGGCCGGUGGGAUGAGGCGCAGGUUGCGAUUGAUAAGGGGUUGGAGUUUGAGCCGAGGAGCGGGGAUGGGGCGAAGGAGUUGCUUGCGUUGAUGGAGGAGGUUACGGAGGGGUUGAAGAGGUCGAGUACUUCUGCUUAGAUAUUGUUUGUCCUCUGGGGAGGAUACAUGGUGGUUUUGUUGAAUGGGGCCUGCAUACAUCCUCGGGCUGUGUUAUCAUCUGUGGUUCUUCUGUGUCUGCAUGGUUUGUUAUUAUGGGUUUUGUUUCGUUAGUUCCGGCGUUUGGUUUGGAAUGAACUGGUCUUGAUAUCUAGGUCGAUGGAUACAGUAGAAGGGCAAACUCAGUCACCCACCCAACAAGGGUUCAAAAAAAGAAAGAUAAGAAAAUAGCCAGUACAGGAUAGAUAGAUAGAUACUAAAGGGAAAUCGUUAUCGAUUGGUCAUUCCAAUACAGG